AUGGAUAACCUGAAAGAGGGCUUGGCACAGAUGGACUCUGCUGUGGAAAUCGAUGUGACCACGGCGAGGAUAUUGUCCCAGUGGGACUGGAACGGAGAGGAGAGGACGUUUGGAGACUGCAGCGCGUCCUCACCGGAGUCCUCUUUUGAUUCCGUGUGCUCCUCACCGGAGAUGCGCUCCAGUCCCGGUGAAUGUCGCACAUACGGACCCAAACACACCCUCAUCUGUGAGCAGCAGAAGCCCAAAGUGAAGAUGAGUAUGAAGAGACGGAUGAAGGCGAGUGAGAGGGAGAAGCUCCGCAUGAGGAGUCUGGCGGAGGCGCUGCAUCAGCUCCGGGAUUACCUGCCGCCGGUGUACAGCCGCAGAGGACAACCGCUCACCAAGAUCCAGACCCUCAAAUACACCAUCCAGUACAUCAAAGAACUCUCUAGCAUCCUCGACCAAGAUUAA